UGUUUGGUAAACGAUAAUGUAAAAUAUUCAUAAAUUGAUAAAAAAAAAUGACCACAGCACGAGUAUUAUUGGCUGAACCAACACUACCUAAUGUAUCAUGCGGGCUCUGAUGUCAUGGCUUUGGUUCAACUUGCCACUUGAAAAUAAUAUAAUUCACACAAUCAUUAAGAAUUAGCAUAUAACAUAUAUAGCACAAAAACAAAGCAAUACCGCUUGAGCAUUCCUCCCCACACUACACUCAUGGCUACUGCUUUACUUGGAAUUGUCAUUGGAAACUUGCAGACUUUUGUGCAGAAUGAGCUUGCAACAAUUUGGGGGGUUGAAUCACAUACCGUAAAGCUAUGUAGUAACCUCAGUUCAAUCCAUGCAGUGCUCCAAGAUGCUGAAGAGAAGCAAAUUACAGAGCGUGCUGUGAAGCUUUGGCUGCAGAAGCUUUCAGAUGCAGCAUAUGUGCUUGAUGAUAUCUUAGAUGAAUGUUCAAUAGAAUCCAACCGUCUAGUGCUUAAGGCACAUGUUAUGUGCUUUGCCUGUUUUCAUCCCAGGAUCAUUCUGUUUCGUCGUGACAUUGGUAGGAGGAUGAAAGAGAUUACCAAAAGAUUCCAUGAGAUUGAUGAAGAGAGGAGGAAGUUUGAGUUGCGUGCAGGUGUUGCAGAGAGGCAACAAGAAGAUGAUCAAUGGCGCCAGACGAGUUCUGUCCGAACUGAGCAGCACAUGUAUGGAAGAGAUCAAGACAGAGAUGAGAUUUUGAAGUUUCUUUUAAGCCAUUCUGGCAACAGUGACGAGCUCUCCGUCUAUCCCAUUGUUGGUAUUGGAGGACUUGGAAAAACAACACUUGCUCAAUGGAUCUUCAACGAUGAUUGUGUAAUCAAACACUUCGACCUCAGAAUUUGGGUUUGCAUUUCCAAUGAUUUUAACAUAAUGAGAAUUUUGCAGUCCAUUGUAGAAUCCAUCACCUUACAAAACCCCAACCUCUCUACUUUAGAAUCAAUGCAAAAGAAAGUUCAAGAGAUGCUACUCCGCAAAUGGUAUUUACUUGUUCUAGAUGAUGUGUGGAAUGAGGAUCAAGAAGAAUGGAAGAAGUUGAAAUGCAUGUUACAAUGUGGAAGCGGAGUAAAAGGUUCUGUAAUUUUGGUAACUACUCGAAAUGAAAGUGUUGCAUCCAUCAUGGGAACAUGCUCUAUUCAUCGCCUCUUACCUUUGUCCGAGGAUGACAACUGGUCAUUGUUCAAACACCAUGCAUUUGGCAAUAACGAAGAAAGUGCAGAGCUUGAAAAGAUAGGAAAGGAGAUUGUGAAAAAAUGUGUAGGUUCCCCUCUUGCAUCCAAAGUACUUGGAAGCCUUCUACGCAACAAAAGUGAGAAACAACAAUGGCUUGAUAUAAAGGAAAGUAAGAUUUGGAAUAUAUCCGGAGGUGAUGCGAUCAUGCGUGCUCUGAGAAUAAGCUACUUUAAUUUGAAGUUGUCGCUAAGACGGUGCUUUUCUUUUUGUGCCAUUUACCCUGAAGACUUUCGAAUCUUGAAAGAAGAGCUAAUUCAUCUCUGGAUGGCGAAUGGGCUUAUUAAGUCAGAAGGAAAUUUGGAGGUUGAGCAUGUUGGCAACGAUGUGUGGGAUGAAUUGUGUCAGAGAUCAUUUUUUGAAGAAGUGAAGGAUGAUUUAUUUGGAAAUGUUACAUUCAAGAUUCAUGAUUUAUUCCAUGAACUUGCUCAAUCUAUUGUAGGGGAAGAGUGUAAGGUUUCUAAGUCUGCAAACUUGAGUAAUCUGUCAAGUAGACUCCACCAUAUAAGUUUGGUAGGCUUGGAUGGAGAAUCCAAAUUCAACAUGGGUGCCUUCAAGAAAGUUGAAUCCCUAAGGACUUUUAUUGAGUUUGAUUCGUUUGUUUUGUUUAAUUCACAUGGCUUGCCACCAUUCAAUUCUCUCCGAGCAUUAAGCAUGAGCUCUAUGCAACUCUCUGCACUCAAAAGCUUAACACACUUGAGGUACUUAAAUAUUUGCAAUAGUUUGAUCAUAACAUUGCCUAAGUGUAUUUCUAUGCUGCGAAAAUUGCAAGUUCUAAAACUGUAUUCUUGCUUUUAUCUCCGUUCCUUACCUAAACACUUGACAUGCCUACAAGAUCUUAGACAUCUCUCCAUUCAAAGGUGUCCGUCAUUAGUAUCAAUGCCCUCGAAAAUCGGUAUACUGAAAUGUCUCAAGACAUUGAGUACUUUCAUUGUGGAUUCAAAAGCUGGGUCUAGCAUAGCCGAGUUACGCGAUCUUAAUCUUGGAGGCAAGCUACAUAUCAAAGGACUUGAGAAUGUCCUCAGGGAAAUUGAUGCUAGAGCUGCUAAUUUGAUUAGUAAAAAGAACCUGAAUUGUUUAUACUUGUCCUGGGGCAAUAAUAAUGCAGAUUCAGAAAAGGUGCUUAAUGGCCUCAAGCCUCAUUCAAAUCUCAAAAGUUUUGGGAUGAAGGGUUAUGGAGGAACACAAUUGGCCCCUUGGUUGAGAAAUACCUCACUUCUCUCGAGCUUAGUCAGUGUUACACUUCACCACUGCAAAAGUUGUGAGCAACUUCCUCCACUUGGUAAGUUACCUCAUUUAACUUAUCUUUCUAUACGUGGAAUGGAAGGUGUGGAACACAUCGAUGAUGACUCGUAUGAAGGCUUUGAGGAGAAGGCUUUCAAGUCCUUAAAGAAACUAAUGCUACAUGGGUUGCCAAACUUGAUCUCGAUGUUGAAAGUUGAAGGAGCAGAGAUGCUGCCUAAUCUUCUAGAAGUUAGUAUUUCAUCUGUUCCCAAAUUUAAAUUGCCAUGCCUUCCAUCUGUCAAGAAUCUUGAAAUUCAAGACAUGGCUUCCUUCCCAGUAGAAAUUGUGAAUAAUUUGGAUCAUGUUGAGACACUAUGCGUUGACUACUUCCCUAAUCUCAAGGCAUUACCGGAUGUAUUGCGCAGCCUCACCUUGUUACAAACUUUAGAAAUCGGAUAUUGCGAUGAGCUUGAGACUUUCUCAGAAAAUGUUCUGCAAGGUCUGAGCUCACUUCGAGCUUUGAGCAUUUACCGCUGCAAGAAGUGGAAGUCUUUAUCCGAAGGUGUGAGACACCUAACUUAUCUCCAGUGCCUUGACAUCUCAUACUGUCCAGAGCUGGUGGCUGUACCAAGCAGCAUGAAUGUGCUAACUACCCUCCACCACGUUACAAUCUUCGGUGGGGACCAUAAUCGAGUUCUUCCAGAAGGCUUGCAGGGUAUCCCUUCCCUACAAACUUUGAGUCUAUACAAUGUAGAUUCAUUGCCAGAAUGGUUAGGAGACAUGACUUCUCUUCAAGAACUACGCAUCAGUUACUGCCCUGAGUUGAAAUCAUUGCCAAGUAGAUUUGGACAAUUAACAAACUUGCACAAGUUAUUAAUUGAGAAAAGUCCAAUGUUGGAGAAGCGAUGCAAAAGGAUAACAGGGGAAGAUUGGCAACAGAUAGCUCACAUCUCAGAACUCGAAUUGGUUUCAGGACACAAAAGGACAUUUUGCGAGAAAAUCAGGUUUAAUUGGAAUUCAAGGAAGAUUUUAUUUCAUAAUUUGAUGAACGGUGAUCAGUGCCUUUAUUUGGAUGAUGAAUUUGACAUGAUAGCUGAUGAUCCAAAAUUCAAUUAAGUUUGCCAAACAAGGAAAUAUUCUGGUCCUCAGAAUUUAAAUGAAACAUGAUGUCCUGCAUCCUCUGAAAAUGUCUUAAUAAACCCACAUGCUUCCAAAGGCUUCUUCAAGUGCC